AUGGUGGGAUCCACGACGUUGACAAUGCCUCCACGAUCUUCGUUGACGUCGUCUUUCUCCGUCUCCGACACUAAUAAUGAAGUUGUUUGCCCUUUGCGCAAUCAAGAUGGCUCCAGCUGUCGCAAGCGUUGCCUCGGCGUAUCUGGGCGGCAGGAAAAACGAUAUCGCUCCAUGCAAGAACACAUAAGACGGGCGCAUCCUCAACACUACAUAGCGAAACUUCCCGCCACCGAAGAUAGCUUUCAACUCAUGAUAAAUACACCGCCAUCCGACAAUGUUCAACUCCCAAAUAAAACCAUUCAACUUCGUCAACCGACUCCCUUCUCCGUCGAAAAAUUUGGGGAAAAAACACAAGAGAAAAAGGUGGUAGACAACACAGGAGACAGUCAAAGUUCUCAUGCUGAAAAUUCGAGCAUACCAAAUACACCAAGUACCCCAAAAUCAACAGACGAGUAUCAAUCUAUCUCUACGAUGCCAGUCACCUACGCAGCCGUAGCGCUUGCUCAGCUGCACAGACACAAGAUGGAAUUAGAUCAAGAGUUAGCAGGGGACUGGAUGUCAGAUACAGAGGCCCACAAACAUGCUAUGCGCCAUUCAAUUGAACUGCCCCCGCCACAAAUAGGCCAAUUUGAGCCCACAAGUGAUCCAUUUUCUAGGCAUCGGCGGCGAGAAUUGCUCCCGUCUGUUCUGACAACUUCGCCGCCUGAACGGUCUUCAACCCUUCCACCCAUUCAACGUAAUCCAAGCCUAACUCGGCCCCGCAAAGAUUCAGUUUCUCAACGGGCUCGGGAGCCCCAACAUAAAAAACACCGAUCUCGAGGAGAAAAUGGUCAUCUUUGGAGAGUGAGCUUUGACCGAAAAGCUAUGUCAGCCGAGCCUUCGGGUGGAAUAGCUACCACUUGGGGUAAGCGAUGGGAAGAUUUGAUUGAUGCUGCAACAUCUGCUACAACAUCUGCUGCUGAAGAUAACGAAGACGAACGAAGGCAAAAUUUUCAAAACUCCGCGCACUCUGUCGUGGAGAUGGCAUCUCCAGCCUCAACAAGCAACAACAUAAACUCUCUCCCUUCGUUCAUGGCAACACAUUCUCAUCUACAAAGAUACCAGGCUUCACCACUUCAACGUGCCUUAACUCCCCCAUUAAACUUGUUAGAUACUCCUGGAAGAUUAUCGUCUACAGAUAAUGGAGCUAGUGGUGGUGGAAGUGGCGAUAGUUAUCACAGUGACUCACGUGGACCUUCUCAUUCCUCGCUCGGAUAUUCUUCACAUAUUAUGCAAAUUUACUGUGCCGCAUGCCAGGGUCUUUCUCUUCUGAAAGAAUCCUAUGUUUGUACCGAAUGCAUAUCUGGAAUAUGUGUAUCAUGUGUUGAAGUACUGAUGUCCGAACAAGGAGCGCGAAGGAAAUGUCCCAAAUGCGCGACGAUCGGUGGCCGGUAUAAAAAAAUUAAUUUAGAUGUGAGAGUAUGA